UUCUGUGUUACCCUUGACACCAGCCUAAACUCUUAAAACACGGAAGCUGAGGUUUUUACAAGGAAGAGUAAAGGCACGUUUAGGGUUUUAGAUAGAGAGCUGCUUCGAACCAGAGAACAAAACGAUGAGCUUUUGGGGCAUUGAAGUGAAACCAGGCAAGCCUUACCCUUAUCACUCUGAUGAUGUGCAAGGAAAUCUUCGGGUAACACAGGCAACUUUGGGCCUUGGCUCGUCAGAAGAAAGGUGCAUACUCCAGUGUUCAGUUGGACACAAGAGUCCAAUUUUCUUAUGUUCAUUGCUACCAGGGAAAGCUGAAAGUUGCUCUUUGAAUCUUGAAUUUUCUGAUGAGUUAGUAGCGUUCUCUGUGAUUGGACCACGAAGCAUUCAUCUUUGUGGUUAUUUUGAUUCUGAAAAAGGAGAUCACCUCCGAGAUGAAUAUGAAUAUUUAAGUGAUUCGGGUGAGACUAUUGCUGACACGGAAUCAGACGAGUCCAGCGAAUAUGAUUAUGAUGAUGAAUAUGAUGAUGACUUCAUUGAUGAUGACAAUGAUCUUCAAAUUUACCCCCCCUCGCCUGUUCCCAAUGGUGGAGUUGUAAUCGAGGAGAUAACUGAAGAUGACAAACCUAAAAAAGAAAAUGGCAAGUCUAAACGAAUAAAGAAGAAGAAGAAUAAUCAAUCAAGUGACCAGGAAGACCAAAACAAUUCCCAACGACAAAUUGUUCAUAAGAGGGAUGCAGGUAUUUCAGUUCUGGAAAGUGAAGAUGAAGAUGGUUUUCCAAUUUCUUCCUCGGCAAAAAGAAAAGUUACUGUUCAGGAGCCCCAAGCAGAAAUAAAUGGACAAAAAGAUAAGGAAACAACCCAAGAAACAAAGAAGAAGAUAGAUAGAGAGGGUAAUGACGACACUACUGGAAAAAAGAGAAAGGUUAAAAGCAUUGAUGAAGACGGUCAACCAGAAAGCAAAACAAAGAAGAAGAAGAAGAAGAAGCAGAGAGAACAAGGUGCAGAGGAACAGAUUGAUGAAAUGGAUGACAAGGAAAAGAACAACAAUGCCUCUAGAGAUGAAAUCAAGCCUGAGGAAGUGAAAAGGCAGGAUUCUACCGAUGGAAACAAACAUGAUCAGAGGGGCCUUGACACUGAUGCAGGUAGUAUGCCUGGUGAAGAUUCAUCUGAUAAGAAGAAGAAGAAGAAGAAGAAGAAGAAGAAGAAGAAGACCCAGGAUAAUGGAACAACAACCAAGGAACAAGCUGUUUCAGCUGUGGGAGGUGAAGCCAAAUCUUUGUUGGAUUCCGAUGAUAAGCAAUCUACAACCAAGUCUUCACAAGCUAGAACCUUCUCAAAUGGAUUGGUUAUUGAAGAAUUAUCAAUGGGAAAACCAGAUGGUAAACGUGCUUCUCCCGGGAGUCAGGUCAGUGUGCACUACAUCGGUAAGCUGAAGAAGAAUGACAAGAUAUUUGACUCUAAUGUCGGAAGAGCUCCCUUUAAAUUCCGCCUAGGUGUCGGACAAGUCAUAAAGGGAUGGGAUGUUGGAGUUAAUGGCAUGCGGGUUGGUGACAAAAGGAGACUCACAAUUCCACCAUCCAUGGGUUACGGAGAACAGGGUGCUGGUGGGAAAAUACCGCCACACUCAUGGCUUGUCUUUGAUGUUGAGUUGGUGAACGUUCGGUGAUCAUCCUUUUAUGCGCUCUUUUUCGGCUUUUGAAGUCAUUGGUUUUUGAUCCCUCAGUGUUAUAAUUGCAGGCUUGUGUUACAAAACUGCAAGUUCACCCCCAACAUGUAAUCUUCAGUGUCAAGAAGGGUGUUGUGAGCAAAAAUUUUGGUAAAACUAGCUGAUUCUGUUUCAGCAGUGAAUUAUCUUUUGAACCUGUAAUUUCACUGUAGCAACAAGAAUUGUUUAAUACAUUGAGAAAGAACCCCACCGUUUUUCUUC